AUGUCAAGACAAGAAAAACGUACUGAGCCUUCCCGCUCAUUUUCACUGCAAUCAAACAGAUCAUUCAGUAAUAACUCAUCUCCAACUGUUUCACGGAUAAACUCUUCAGGCCCACUAAAUAUAAACAACUUUAAUAAACAAAGUUCACCCCAGGACCAUUUAUUCUACAAAUGUGAGGCAUUGAAAAGGAGGUUGCAAAACAUUGAAGGUAUGCCACCAUUCUUGGAUUUGGCAUUCAACAAGGCAGAGAAAUUAUGUGAACAACAAUCGUUAUCCUUGGCUCAGGAAAAGAACACCGAGUCAAUGAGUAGACUAUCAAUGUCGUCAUUUAGUUCGCAUGGAAGUGGAACAUUAACUACUGAUACUACAAACAGGACCAGUGGUUCACAAGGUAGCAGUGGCAGCAGCAUUGCUGACAGUCUUUUGACUUUCACUGCCGGUGUGUUACCACUCAAUAUAAGUGUGGAUCCAGCAACACAAUUGUGGCAACUAUUUCAACAAGGAGCACCCUUGUGUCUUUUAUUUAAUACGAUUUCAUCUGAUCAUAAGCUAACGGUUGUCAGUGCCGAUGAUCAACGAGUGUGCAAGAAAUCCGUUUACGAGUUUAUCAUCGCUAUGAAGUUGAACUUGCAAUUUGAAGAUGAUGAAUUGUUUACUAUAUCUAAUGUGUUUUCAGAUAGUACGCAAGAUUUACUAAAGAUAAUCUCCGUGGUGAAUAAGUUACUAGAUGGGCAAAAGGCACCUUCGAUGAACGACUCGCUAGAUGAUUUGAAUGUCGAGGUGAAAAUCACCGAUGAACGUUCCAAAGUGUUUAGAGAAAUUAUAGAAACGGAGAGGAAAUACGUUCAAGAUUUGGAAUUAAUGGUUACUUAUAGAAAUCAACUAGCUGAAGCAGAAUUGCUAUCAUCAGAACAAAUACACACAUUGUUUCCCAGCUUGAACGAAAUUGUUGAUUUCCAAAGACGGUUUUUAAAUGGAUUGGAAUGUAAUAUAAAUGUACCUGUUAGGUAUCAAAGAAUAGGAUCAGUGUUUAUCCACGCCAGUCUUGGUCCUUUUAAAACUUAUGAGCCAUGGACUAUUGGUCAACUAACGGCAAUUGAACUCAUAAAUAAAGAAGCUGCCAACUUGAAAAAAUCAUCCACUUUAAUUGACCCAGGGUUUGAACUACAGUCAUAUAUCCUCAAGCCAAUACAGCGGUUGUGCAAGUACCCAUUGCUAUUGAAAGAAUUGAUCAAGACAUCGCAAGAGGGUUUUGGUUCAUCGGAUGAUCUACUGGAUGCGGCAUUUGCUUCGCAUAAUGAACUUUUGGCAGCACAAGAAGCAAUGAAGGAAGUGGCCAAUCGAGUCAAUGAGGCACAAAGAAGAGCCGAAAAUGUCGAGUAUUUACGCAAACUAGUAGAGCGAGUUAAGAACUGGCGUGGAUUCAAUCUAAAAGAUCAAGGUGAGUUAUUGUACCAUGGAAUAGUGGGGGUUCGCGAUGCUGACACUGAAAAGGAAUAUGUCGCGUACCUUUUUGAAAAAAUCAUUUUCUUCUUUGUUGAGCUGGAUAAAGAUAAAGAAAAACAUGAGAAGAAAUUUAAGCUUGGGUUACGGAAGGUUUCUGGUGCUGGAUUGAGUUCGUCAACAGCUAACCUUUUAGAAUCAAUCAACAGUGGAACUAAUGAUUCUAGUCCCUUGGAGUUGAAAGGACGUGUGUAUAUCCUGGAGAUAUACAAUAUUAGCGCCUCAUCCAAUCACGGAUAUACAUUGGUGAUUUCGUGGUCGGGCAAAAAGGAAAGUGGAUCGUUCAAGUUGAGGUAUCGUAAUGAAGAAACGCGCAAUCAAUGGGAGCAGUGUCUCCGCAACUUGAAAACAAAUGAAAUGAAUUAUCAUCUUAGUCGCAAACUCCGCGAUUCUCAAUCUUCAGUAAACACCAAUGACUCGUCGAUUUACGAUUACAACGGGUCAAAUAAUACCACGGCAGAGUCGCCUCAGAAUUUUUACAAUGAUCAACGGUCAUCUUCGGGACACCCACCACAGCAAAGACACUACUCCUCUUCAUCGACAUACAGUAUGAUGCAACCAAGCACACGAGUCAAGUCGGGUGACUUGUCACGCAUUUCAUCAACAGGAUCCAACUCCAACGCCCACACUACUGCAUCAACUACGCCUUCAUCGGCAUCGGCUCCCCAUUUGCCAUUGCCACAAUUUGACAUCAAGGUCAAACUCAUCUAUAAUAGGCUAGAGCUUCCUGACCCAUUAGUCGUCAGUAAUCAAAUUCGAUUCAAUGAAUUGUAUCAAAAAAUAUCGGGUGAAGUGGCCACGAAUGAUUUGAUUAAAGAGGAUAUAUUGGUGAGUAAGUUGCGGUAUAAAGAUGAAGAUGGCGAUUUUGUCGUGAUGGAUUCAAAUGAAGAUUGGAAUUUGGCGAUUGAUGAUUUGGGUGAUGGUCGUAGUUUGACCAUAUGGGUAUCUUAG